AGAAAAACCCCAUUGCACUCGCCAUGACUGUAUUGAACUCCAAGAAAAUACUACAAGAAAAGAAUGCUAGUGAUCCCAACUCUGUAACAAAUCUCACUCUCACCCAGAAAGCUCUUUCUGAUGUUUCAUGCUUGGGUGAUUUCAAAAGUUUGGAAAGACUUGAUCUUGGCUUCAAUAAUCUCACUUCAGUUGAGGCUUUGGGAAAAUGUGUAAACUUGAAGUGGUUAUCAGUGGUACAGAAUAAGCUCCAGAGCUUGAAAGGUAUCGAGGGGCUUACUAAACUCACUGUCUUAAAUGCUGGCAAGAACAAGCUCAAAACUAUGGAUGAUGUCAGGUCUCUUGUGAGCAUGCGCGCAUUGAUCUUAAAUGACAAUGAAAUUUCUUCAAUUUCCAAGCUUGAUCAAAUGAAGGAGCUGAACACUCUUGUUCUGUCUAGGAAUCCAGUAAGUAAGAUUGGUGACUCUCUGGUCAAAACAAAGUCAUUAACGAAGCUCUCUCUGUCUAACUGUCGGUUGCAAACCAUUGGCUCCUCACUUACCUCUUGCACUGAGUUAAAAGAGCUUCGCCUUGCUCAUAAUGAGAUCAAGACUCUUCCAGUUGAAUUGAGCCACAAUUCUAAACUACAGAAUCUAGAUGUGGGAAACAACUUAAUUACGAACUGGUCAGAUCUGAAGGUGCUCUCUUCUUUGGCUAACCUCAGAAAUCUGAACCUACAGGGGAACCCUAUUUCUGAAAAGGAAACAUUGGCUAAGAAGAUCAAGAAACUACUACCAAACUUGCAGAUAUUUAAUGCUAGACCAACAGAUAAAACCAUGAAAAAGGAAGUUGAUGGAAGUAACAGUUACAUUACUGACAGCAAUGUACUAGCAGGCCAAAAGGAGGAUCGGACAGAUAAUUCAAGGGGACAAAAGAACUCAAAGAAAUAUCUUUUAGGGAUUGAAGAAGGUGAUGAUCAGCCUCUUGGUAAUGCUGAAGAUAGGGCAACAGAGAAGGAAUCCGACAAUAAGAAGCAUAAGAGAAAUAAACUAUUGAAGGAGAAAUUGGUAAGCACAAAGGAGAGAGUGACUUCAGAAAAUGAAAGAAAGAAAAAUUCAAAGUUAGAAUUGAACAAAGAUGUUAGUGCUGAUGGCUCAAAACUCCCUCCAGUCAAUCCCAAAGCAGGGAAGGAAUUGAAGCGCAAAAAACUGGAAAGGGAAGAAGACCAUGGGGAAGAUAGUAUCAUCCCGACAAAAGGUGAUGGAAAAUUGAAAAAGAAGUUGAAACAACAUACAGGGAACAUCAUUGAUGAUGGAGAAGCCCCAUUUGUGGAAUUGUUUACUACUGAUGUUGCUGAAAAUGCUAUAAGCAGGGGUCAGAAGAUGGAACAGAAGAGUGUUCCGGGCAUUGAUUCAGCUGGUGCCAUAGUUAAAUUUCCAAAACAGAGUAAGAAAAAGAAGAAUCUUGGGGACCGGGCUGCCAACUUUGAUUUGUCACCAGUGGCUGAAGUUGGAUUAGGUGGACCAUCAACUUGGGAUGACUAGAAACGGACCUAGAAGGGUGCUGGAGGGUGUUUUACAUUUCAGAGAAACUCUAAAAGCUGUAGUAUCUGGAACUGCUUUAUAUCCAAUUCCAAAGUUUGAAACUUUGCUUGUGAAGCCAAAGGUAUAUUGAUUGAACUUUGAAAACUGUUUCUUCUCAAAACUCAAAAAGGGGCAUUGGUCAUACAGAUGCAGAUUUUGAUCUAUACAACUUUAGAGCAUCUCAGUUUCGUUUCCCUGUUUGAAGAUGUCAACGUCCUGGAAUUACUGAAUUGAAGAAGAAACCACGAUUCUGUUGCUAUAUAGUUGCAAGUAUUUCUUCUUGUCUGAAACUUCAGCAUGAUGAUUCUUGCUUAGGUAGAUAGUUGUUAGAGGCUACCCUGUAUUUUGGAUUAGAGAAGAUCAAUUUUCAGUAUUGAAAGAUUAUUAUCAUUUACUUGCUGAAACUUGGCGACCAACUUUGUUGCUUGUUCUUGUGAAGUCAUCAGCCCU